CAUUAUUAUUAUUAUGUCUUCAAUUUCAAGAAAUUGACAGAACUCUCUCUCUCUCAUGUUCAUGUCUUCUUCUCUCUAACUCUCGCAGAAGCCCAUGUCCAUUUUUGGACCAGAAACUGCAGGUUUGUUAUUGGCUUCAAAUUCAACUAUUUCCACUAUGAUCAAACAAUUUCUCGCAAAAAUCCCUCGUAAAUCGUCAAAAGCCAAUGCAACAGAUGCUGAUGGAGGUAGUUCUUCAAGUAGUGUUACAACGGAUGUGGGCAACAAUGGCUUCAUCAACACUUAUAAUGCCAUUUCAAGUCGAUUAAACACAGUUAAAAAGAUGUCUUCCUCAAUUUUUCCUGCAAGCAUCAUGCCAGCGGGCGAAAUGAUUGAUCCUCAAAUACCUUUUAAAGAUGUCCAAAAUUCAGAGAAGCUGAGACUUCUCAUCAGUAAGUUGAAUCUUUGUUCAAAAUUAUAUGAUUUUCAAGAUCAAGCUCAAGAUUCUGUGGAGAAAGACAUAAAGCGCCAAACUUUAGUAGAAAUUAUCGAUUUUCUCUCAUCCGAAUCUGCUAAACUUAGUGAACCUGCAAUGUUUGCCAUUUGUAAAAUGUGUGGAAACAAUCUUUUUCGCGAUUUCCCUCCAAAAAACUCUGUUUAUUCACCUCGUGGUGAAACAGAAGAUGAAGAACCGUCUUUUGAUCCAGCAUGGUCACAUUUACACCUUGUAUAUGAAAUACUCCUUCGAUUUCUCAGUCAAACUUCUCUUGAUCCAAAAGUUGCCAAACAGUAUAUCGACCAUUCUUUCAUAUUAAGAUUACUUGAUCUAUUUGAUACUGAAGAUCCUAGAGAACGAGACUGUUUAAAAGCCAUUCUACAUAGGGUUUAUGGUAAAUUCAUGGUUCACAGACCCUUUAUUCGGAUGGUUGUCAGCAACAUCAUAUACCGUUUUGUUUUUGAAACCGAAAAACACAAUGGGAUUGCAGAAUUAUUGGAGAUUUUUGGUAGUGUGAUUAGUGGAUUCGCUUUGCCAUUAAAGAAAGAACACAAGAUGUUUUUAUUAAGGGCUCUUGUUCCUCUGCACAAACCCAAGUCUGUGGGCGUGUAUCAUCACCAGCUAACUUACUGUAUUGUUCAGUUCAUAGAGAAAGAACCGAAACUUUCGAGUGCUGUUAUAAUGGGGCUGCUGAAGUUUUGGCCAGUUACAAGUAGCCAGAAACAGUUGAUGUUCUUAAGUGAGUUGGAAGAGUUGCUUGAAAUGAUUCAUACCGAUGAGUUUGAGAAGGUUAUGGUUCCAUUGUUUCGCCGAAUAGAUUGCUGUCUUCGCAGUUCCCAUUUCCAGGUGGCUGAGCGAGCACAUUUCUUAUGGAACAAUGAGCACGUACUACAUCUCAUCAUGUAUAACCGCCAGGUGAUAAUGCCGCUAGUCUUCUCGUCCUUAGAGCGGAACUCCCAAACCCAUUGGAGCCGCACCGUGCUCAACCUUGCACAAAACAUGAUGAAAAUGUUGAACGAUGUGGAUCAAGAGUUAGUGGUUUCGUGCCAAGGGCAGUCAGAGGAGGACAAGUCAACCUCAACUGUGGUGGCUGAGAGGCGGCGGUUGACAUGGGAACGCCUUGAAAACAUUGCCGCUUUUCAACCCGUCGUUGGAAAUGUUUCAAUUUUGGAAGAAACAGCACCGUGUAUCGUCUCUUGCUAGAAAAGUUGUUCAAAUUUGCUCAUCAGGAAACCGGUUCUGCACUAGAUUUCUUCUUGUUUUUUUUUUCCGAAUAGAGAAGAGCGAAGCCGGGCCUCUGUGUCUGCCUAGUUAUUUAUGAAGCUUAACGGACGUCCUUAGGAUUGUUUGAGGAUGUUCUUGUUCGAUGAAAAUAAGGAGUAUUAAUUUGUCACUUGUUUGAACACACUUUUUUGUUGUGUAUGAAUUUGGUUCUAUGAAUCCUAAAAAUUAGUCUA